CUGAAACGGCAUGUUGACUAAGAGCAAGUUGUGUUUUUUGGGGGAUACUUCAUCGGUUCGACAGCCCCCCUCCAAGUUGAACGAUCGCGUUUUUCACCAUUCCGAGCCAUGGGAGCACUACCGAUGGAGCCCCUCUCCUCCCUGUCACCCAGUGUCUAUCCUGUCAAACCGCUGUUGAACCAGGUAACUCUAGAAGAAGCACUCGAAGCCGCCGGAAACGGCAAGUUUCAACGGUACGUCGCAUUGAUUGGAAGUAUAUGCUUCUUGGCCGGCGGCUUUCAAAAUUCCCUCAACGCCUACAUCCUACCUUCGAUAAAAUGCGACAUGGGGAUAUCAUCGUCAGAAAUGGGGCUCCUCAACGCCGGUUUCCUAGCAGGAGCUUUAUGUAGCGGUUUCCUAAGCGGUGUGCUAGUCGACAAUAUCGGAAGGAAGCCUAUACUUGUUGCUGGGAUGUUCCUCGACGGGAUAUGCACGUUGAUCGCUUCCACUGCACAAAGUUUCGGCUUCCUCUUGGUCUUCAGAUCCCUCAGCGGUUUCCUAGUAGGAGGGCCGUCGGCUGUAGUGCUGACGUAUGUCGGUGAGUUCCAUUCAAACAAAAAUCGUAACCAGGUGCUGUGCUUCGUCGGGGUCGCCUGGAUGGUCUCCUGGGUCCUGCUCCCUCUCAUCUCCAUGGCAGUUAUCCCGUUGGACUUCAAUUUCAACGUGGGAAGCUUCAACUUCAACUCUUGGAAGUUGCUCGUCGCCCUCUUCGCCUGUCCGUCCUUGAUCUCGUCCGCCUUUCUGUUCAAGCUCCCAGAGUCGCCGAAAUUCCUUGUGAUAAACGGACAGCAUGACAAAGCCCUCAAAGAACUUGUACGGAUUUACACCAUGAACACGGGAUUUCCAGGAUCUAAUUUUUCGGUUAUAUCUCUCGAGAAAAAUACGGACGAAAUGAAGCUGUCAUUUGGAAACAAAUCAAUCUGGAAGCCUCUGCUGAUAAUGGUGAAGCAAUGCAAAUCGCUCUUCUUCGGCCCCACGCUGCCUAUCAUUUCACUGACAAACUUCCUCUUUUUCGCUAACAUGUUCGGCUAUUACGGACUAGGCCUGUGGCUGCCGGAAUUGAUCAAUCGUUUCCAGACUUUCGAAUCGGAACACCCCAACGCGACGAUAUCAGUCUGCGAAGCGAGCCAGCUGAAGUUGAAGACCGUCUACGACUGCGGAAGCUCUUCAGUUUCCAGCGUGGUCUUUGGCUUCUCGCUCAUCAUGGGUGCUGCUUCUCUCGUCGGAAACAUAGCGUCCGGCCUCCUCAUUCCGAAAUUGCCGAGGCCGAUGAUGCCCGUGUUUUUCAUGACGAUAUCUUCUUUUUGCGUGCUGCUUCUGUACUACGUUAAAAACUCCGUACAAAAUCUCAUCGUAUCUGCAGUCUUCCAGCUGUGUAUCGGGUCCAGCAACAUCGUCUACAACGCCCUCGUUGUCGACAUGUUUCCAAAUGAAAUAAGAGAGAUCUUUCGCCUUCUUAUUUGCUUUUCUGUGCCAAACGAUUUCACCAAAUCCUGAUGAUCUUUCAUCACCAAAACAAUCAAUCUUCUUCGACAAUCUGGACAGCACCCCGUUGUUGGUCAUCCAUCGUAAGAAAUCACCGACUGCAGACGAUCCAGUCUUCUUUGGCACUUCUCUUCCGAUUUUCUAUUUUCACUUUAUACUGAACAAUACUUCCAUUUAGAAAGAAUAUCUUAAGCCUUACGGGAUAAUCGAAAAAGGUUUUACAAGGGAAGAACGACGAGACAAUUGUCAUCCUAGAACUCUGGUUUCCAGACAGUGUCUAACCGGGUCACGUCGUCGGCCCUAAAAUGCUGACCAAAAAAUAUAUCAUAACUGAUUCGUAAAAAGUUUUUUGUAAGUAAACUAUAUUUCUGGUGUUUCAAAUUAUACUAUUAUUUCACAGGGAAACACGUGUAUUAACAGGGUAAGAACCCAGUCAGAAAACAAAAGACAUAUUAAUCUUUAUUAUGAAGAUUUAAAGGGAAUUUAGGAAAAAGAAAAUAAAUUCAAAAGUAAUAAAAUUUCUUGUUUU